AUUAAUACAUGAGUUAGUUCACUUUCAGAUCCUAAAGAGUUGCCGAGGUGAUUGGAAGGCUAUACAGUUAGUUGCUUUGUUGAUGUAAAUUAUUAUUGAUAUUUAAUUACAAUCAGUGAGCUAACUCUAAUUCAGAAUGCCGGAAACAUCAAAAAUGAAUGGAUAUGCAAAAACAAAUGGUCACAGCUAUGAUAUGGAAGAUGGAUCAGUGUUUUUAUUUACAUCAGAAUCUGUUGGCGAGGGCCAUCCAGACAAAAUGUGUGAUCAAAUAAGUGAUGCUAUCCUUGACGCGCAUUUGAGACAAGAUCCCGACGCAAAAGUGGCCUGCGAAACUGUCACUAAGACGGGAAUGAUCUUGCUGUGCGGUGAAAUAACAUCCAAAGCAAACGUUGACUAUCAAAAUGUUGUCAGAGAAACUGUAAAACACAUUGGAUAUGACGAUUCUUCGAAAGGAUUUGAUUACAAGACAUGCAGUGUCAUGCUUGCAUUGGAUCAGCAGUCACCAAAUAUUGCGGCUGGGGUGCAUGAAAACAGAAACGAUGAGGAAGUCGGUGCCGGAGACCAGGGUUUGAUGUUUGGCUAUGCGACUGAUGAGACAGAAGAAUGCAUGCCGCUCACUGUGGUACUUGCGCAUAGAUUGAAUCAGAAGAUUGCUGAAUUACGUCGCAACGGAGAAUUCUGGUGGGCGAGACCUGAUUCAAAGACACAGGUUACUUGCGAGUAUGUGUUUGCUGGAGGUGCCACUGUUCCACAAAGGGUCCACACUGUGGUUGUAUCACUACAACACUCUGAGAAGGUAACCUUGGAGACGUUGCGCGAAGAAAUUAAGAGCAAAGUCAUCAAUGAAGUGAUUCCAGCUCAGUACCUCGAUGAGAGAACUGUCAUACACAUAAACCCUUGUGGACUUUUCAUAAUUGGUGGACCUCAGUCGGAUGCCGGCCUGACGGGUCGUAAGAUCAUAGUGGACACGUACGGCGGUUGGGGCGCGCACGGCGGAGGAGCGUUCUCAGGGAAGGAUUUCACUAAAGUGGACCGCUCAGCCGCUUACGCCGCUAGAUGGGUCGCCAAAUCCCUAGUACGAGCUGGGCUCUGCCGUCGCUGUAUGGUGCAGGUGGCCUAUGCUAUUGGAGUCGCCGAGCCGCUAUCUAUAACCGUAUUCGACUACGGCACCUCGCAUAAGACACAGCAGGAACUGCUUGCGAUCGUACGAAAGAAUUUCGACCUCCGACCAGGGAAAAUAGUCAAGGAACUGAACCUCCGAGCUCCUAUAUAUCAGAAGACCAGCACGUACGGCCACUUCGGGCGAGAGGGUUUCCCGUGGGAGAACCCCAAGCCGCUCGUCGUAGAUUGACUUGCGACUUGAUAUAUUAGAAUAUUUUGUAAAUAUUUUCAUCAAUUUCCUUCGAAUUCUAUCUACGUGUGUUUCUGUAGAACGGGAGCCGUGCGUUCUCUAUAGACAUUUUGUUAAACACCCGCCUCGCAAAUACCCUCAGUGUUGAACAUUGUUCGUUUGCGAUUCGGUUAAUUGUUAAGUAUCAUUAGUUUGAUAGGAGUAACGGGUGACGUCAUUUAUGAAUUUGAGUUAGUUCGAGUUGAAAUGGCAGUUCCGUUUUGUAUCGAGUCAAUAUACAUCCUGUAGUUUUAGUAGGUUGCGAUAGUAUGCUAAAAAAAAUUUUUAAUUGUCAAUUUUUUUAUGGACAAAAGGCAUUUUAAACAGUGGACUGCCGAUAAUCUCGAAUGUAUUUCAUUAUGAUUAAGCUUGUGAUAUCGUUAGUGCUAUGACUCCAGUAGAGUAGACUACUUCCUCGGCCGGUCACAGUGUAGCGAGAGGACGUGAGGCGCGUGUGACGUCACAGGCCACGCCCCCUCGCUCGCUGCAAAUGUGUUACGCGGAGGCAUUAUUUUUUACUAAGCUUAUUAUAGUUUAAGUGUCGAUGUGAUUGCUAUAUUUUUAAUGAAGUCUUAGAUGAACCACAGCCUCUCGCGUACCUUAAUUUGUGUUGUGUUUCCGAAAAGGAAUCUGCGUGGAAAAGAGCCAUUUUGAAAACACACCGACUGGUCCGCGGCAGUAGUGCACUUUGCAUUUACUCUGACCGGUUACUACUCCGCCAGUGAUAGGUGUAGUCCUGUAUCUACAUCGAUGAAAUGUAUAAACUCCCCGUCAGACGAUAGGGAGUGUGUAGAGCUCGUUUGUAAUUAUAUUUUUUGACCUGUUGAAGUUUGUAAUUCUUUAACUUCCGUGUAUUUUCGACUUGUCUGAAUGUGGAGUUUUAAACUAAUAUUAAAUUGUGUUUUCCCUGCACUAGCGGGAAA